AUGUCUGCUAAGCUGCACCGCAACCCUCCCUUCCGGGCUGAGCACCUGGGAUCUCUCCUCCGAACGGAGGAGCUGAUCAAGAAGAGGGCUCAGGUCAUGGAGAAGAAGGCGGACGAGUCGGAGCUGGUGCCGAUCGAGGACAAGGACAUCAAGGAGAUUGUCAAGAUUCAGAAGGAGCUCGGUUACAAGGCCAUGACCGAUGGAGAGUACCGACGACACAUGUUCUGGGGUUCUUUCUUCCCUGGUCUGGAGGGUUUCGAGGAGGUCGACGAUGUUGACAUCGAGAUCUUCCGUCCCUACACCCCUGAUGUUGGUGCUUUCAUCGAGGCUGGCCACAAGCCCGGCGAGAGCGUUCUCUGCACGGGCAAGAUCAAGCACGUCGGCAGCACCUACGUUGACCAGUUCAAGUACCUGGCCAGCCUCGUUGCCCCUGAGGAGGUCAAGAACCUGAAGAUCACCCUGGCUGCCCCCAACUGGUACCACUUGCGCUACCGUGAGGGCCGUGCCUACCCCAAGGAAGUGUACAGCUCCGACGAGGAGUACUUUGGUGACAUCGCCAAGGCCUACCAGGAGGAGCUCCGCAUCCUCUACGAGGCUGGCUGCAGGAACGUGCAGUAUGAUGACCCUAACCUGGCCUAUUUCUGCUCUGACAAGAUGCUGGAGGGCUGGAAGAAUGACCCCCUGAACAAGUACUCUGCCGAUGACCUGCUCGACAAGUACAUCAAGCUGUACAAUGACUGCCUGGCCAAGCGCCCAGCUGACUUCCACGUUGGUGUCCAUCUGUGCCGUGGUAACUUCGUCAACAGCCGUCACUUCUCCGAGGGUGGCUAUGACCGCAUCGCUGUCAAGCUCUUCCAGGAGCUGAACGUUGACACUUACUACCUCGAGUACGACACUCCCCGUGCCGGUGGCUUCGAGCCUCUGAAGGUUCUGCCCAAGAACAAGAACGUUAUCCUAGGUGUCGUCACCAGCAAGUUCCCCGAGCUUGAGGACAAGGAGGAGAUGAAGAAGCGUGUCCUUGACGCCGCCAAGUUCAUUGCCGAGGGUAACAACGAGACUGUCGAGGAGGCUCUGCAGCGUGUUGGUGUCAGCCCGCAGUGCGGUUUCGCCAGUCACCACGAAGGUAACGCCGUCGUCUGGAACGACAUGAUUGCCAAGCUGAAGUUGGUCCGCGAGAUCGCCGACGACCUCUGGAAGGGAGAGCCUUAA